AUGGCUUCGGUAGUGGGAUCCAUAUUUCUGCCCGCUGUGAUCGCUGGCCUGGUGUCUCACGCAGUAUACAAGCGAUAUGAGCCUUCCGUAAACGCCUUUCUACGCAACACAAUUUUUCUUGCGGCCGCAUUUAUGGCGUGGGCAUUCUAUACACAACGAGAGAUCAAGAUCGUGUCGAUACUGGGGCGUACCGCUCUAUUCAGUGUCCUGCAACUGUUGAUCCUGUGCCUGAGCAUCUCGGUGUAUCGUCUCUUUCUCCAUCCUCUUAAGAGAUUCCCUGGACCAUGGCUGGCAAAGUUGACCAAACUAGAAGGCCUGUACCGUGCUUCUGAUGGUCUGUUUCAUGACCACAUGUACGGUGACAUUGUCAGGAUUGGUCCGAAUGAGCUCUCCUUCCGCAAUGCCAGUGCCAUCAAGCGUCUUCACGGAAAGAUGAAUAAAGGGCCUUACUUCGAAACCAAAGUCUAUCAAGAAGGCCAAGGCACUUCUCUCAACUCCUUGGUGGACUACGACAUUCAUAAAACCCGCCGGAAAACUUGGGACCAAGCAUUUAGCCAGAAGAGUCUCAAAUCAUUUGGACCGCUCUUCAAUGGACUAUUAGAUAAGCUGUGCGAUGCCAUCGUCGGAUUUGAAGGUCUGGAAAUCAACUUCGCUGACUGGUGUGACUAUUACGCCUUUGACGUGAUGGGCGGCCUAGCCUUCAACAAAGAUUUCGGGUUACUCACUGGAGGUGCGUUCCUUCCCCUCCCUUCCUGGUGCUCAAUAAUGACUCCUGUCGUUUUUGAAGAGGGGCCGAGGAACUACUCCAGCUUCAUCAGGAGUGGGAUCAAGAUGUUCUACCUGGUGGCGAAUAUUCCCUGGAUCUCGCCGCUGGUGUUUCUGUUCCCUAUCCCAGAAGAACUGAGAAGGAAUACAGCGAAGUUCACGGAACUAGGGUCAAAACAGUAUGAGGAAAGAAGGGCUCAAGGAACAGAGCCCAAUGACAUAUUUUCAUUCCUAAUUGCAGCCAAAGAAGCCUACGGCUCCACCACCACAGAGGAAGAUUUACGAGCUGACUCACCCAUUCUUUUCAUUGCUGGGAGUGAUACGACGUCAACCAGUAUGGCCUUUCUGUUCUAUUUCCUAGCUCGCGAUAAGAGAGUCUAUGAGAAGCUGCAACGGGAAGUCGACGCAGCUUGGGAUGGAAAGUCACCCCUGGAUGCCGGCAUGAUAGGAGCUGAAACAUGUCCAUACUUGCACGGAGCUAUUCAAGAAACACUCAGAAUCGUCCCGCCAGCUCCUAACGGUAUGCAACGAGCUGCUCCAAAGAAUGGGCUCGCCAUAGACGGAGUUUACAUCCCCGGAGGUACACUUAUCUCUGUCCAUGCGUAUUCUGCGCAGCACGAUCCAAGACAUUUUACAAAUCCCCUGCAAUUCGCGCCCGAGCGCUGGAAUGACUUGGAGCGGAACCCUAAGUGGGCACACGUUCCCGUGGCGUUCAUCCCGUUCGGGCUGGGGAGUUUUGUUUGCAUAGGACGUGGCCUCGCAAUGCAAGAACUUCGACUUAUUGCCGUCAGGCUCAUUCGCAUGUUUGAUUUUGCGUUGGCCCCCGGUUUCGACCACGACAAGUUCUGGAGGGACCUGCGCAGCUGGCAGGCGAUUUUCAAGCCCGAGCUUCCAAUGAUUUUUAAGAGGCGUCAAGCCGGAUGA